AUGCUCCCGCAGCGGCCGGCGACGCCGGAGUCCGCACGGAGGCUCGCCGGACGACAUCUAAUCUUCGAUGGCGCUGAGUUUGAGCUCGGCCGCAAGCUCGGGGCGGGCCGAUUUGCGACUGUCUAUCAUGCAGACCGGCGGCGGGUGGACUCGCCUGCCUGCGCUGGAGCUCACCUCCCCACCCAGCUUGCCAUCAAGGUGUGCGAGCUCGCUGGCAUCAGCGCGUGGGGCAGGAUGGCUCUCGUGCGCGAGCAGGCACUCUGGAUGAAGGUCGACCACCCGAAUGUCGCGAGGUGUCUGGGAGCGAUCAAGACGCCCACGCAGGCGGUGAUCCUGCUCGAGGAGUGUCAAGGCGGCGAGCUCUUCGAGAGGAUCAUGAAGAUGAACCACUUCUCAGAGGACAGGGCGGCGCGGCUUACCGCAGAACUGUGCUCUGCCGUUUCGCACCUCCACAGCUGCGGCAUUGCGCACCGCGAUCUAAAGCCCGAGAACAUCCUGCUCGCCUCCGACGCCGACGACGCGCCGCUCAAGCUAGCCGACUUCGGCGCGGCGGGACUGGUGCACGAAGGGCUUCGGACACCCUGCGGCUCCCUCGGCUAUGCGGCCCCAGAGCAGCUCCGGGGCCUCUUCUCUCAGAAGCGCGACCGCUCUGGCGCGCCGGCGGCUGGCAGCACCUACGGCUACGAGGUGGACGCGUGGGCGGUUGGUGUCAUUGUCUACAUCCUCCUCACGGGCGUGAUGCCCUUCGACCCAGCGCGGUAUCGGGAGGCGCCGCUGACCGUCGCUUUUCCGGAUGACCUCUUUGGUGGUGUGUCGGCGGCGGCGAUCGACUUUAUCGAGCGCUUGCUGUGCCUCUCGUCCUCCCACCGCAUGACCGUCCAGCAGGCGGAGCAGCACGCUUGGCUG